AACAACAUGGCGGCCGCCUCGGCUGCAACAAAGAUCCUUCACUAGCUGUUUUUAGUCGUUAAAUGCCGAGCUUUAUACCAUUUUAUAACAACUAAAACAGUUUCGGAUAGUUUUGGCUCAAUUUCCUAUCAUCAUAUCUACGCUUACACCUCAAAUUAUUAUUUUUUAUCUAGACAGCUGCAUCGCUUAAGAAAUCAUACUUCCGGGUUUGGAGUCAGUCGGAUUUAAAACCAUGGCUUCCGCAUUUAUUAUCGUCGGGGAUACAUUCAGAAAUAAGGUGACGGAGCUGUUGGAGAAGACGGACUCAUGUCUGCCCGAAAGAUUGCGAGAAGAACUGGAGGAGACUCUCGGAAAACCGGAGCCAGCAAUGAUGUCCUUCAGUACAGUGAGGACUCUGAAGAAAUACCUCCAGGAGAAUGGUCAUCCUUUCUACCUGCAUGAGCUGUUGGAGGACUGCUCGCUGCACCUACCUGAGAUUGUGAAGCCUCCCAGAAACCCCCAGCUAGUCGCACGUCUUGAGAGAAUCAAAGCCAGACUAGCCAACGAGGAAUACAGCAGAAUCACACGGAAUGUCAACAAUCAGACAAUCAGCCGAAAUGGAACAUUAGCAGAUUUUGGACGUGAAGUGCGGUCGGUCAAAGCGGUGGUGGCGACCGUGUUCAACUUCCUGGUCACGGUGGUUGCUGCUUUUGCGUGCUCGUACAUGGGGAGUCAGUACCUGUUCACAGACACCGGGGCGCGAGUAAUAUCGGCUGUGAUCGUAGCGUCUGUGGUCGGGCUCGCCGAGCUGUACGUGCUGGUCCGGACCAUGGAGGGCGAACUGGGGGAACCGUAGCGGCUACGCUAAGAGAACCAAGACGUUUUAACUUUUAAUUUCUCGGGAAAGUUGGUGGAAUUUCUGAGUGAAGAUUCUGAGAAUUCACAAAUCGAUGCUGAAGGGAAGCUGGAACAUUACAAGAGAACAAAUUGGUUCAAAAUGGGUGAAUAUCUGUCCUUUUGUAAAAGUACUUCUGUUUUAUCCGACGUUCCACAAAUUUACUUUCAUUGGUCAUUUACUAAACACAUGAAACAUCUGUGGAGGAACUUCAAUGUCUCGCUCAAAGACACACGGACAGUAGGAGUUGGGGAAUCGAACCGCCAACCUUGUGGUUAAAGGAGCUACAGCUCCUUUAUUUAUAGUUAUUUUCUAUGUUCAUGUGAGUACAAUUCCUUCCAUUGUCUUCUCUGAUGUGUUUGUGUUCAAUAAGAUCAUCGACACUAACUGGAGCUGAUUCAUACAGUUUGGUGUUAACUUCCCCAUAAAGCACAUUUCAUGUUGAUGAAGGAAAAUGGAAAUACUUUAGAGGACGCUCUGAUGUUGGAAUGGGAAAUCUGCAAGUUACUGUUUUUUGUUUGUGAGUUAAAAUGUCCAAUAAAUGUAGAUGUAUAAAUGUUGAA